AUGGCACGAUCCCGCCCUCGAUCGCGAGCUCGCUCGCGUCCUUCGCGCUCCUGGAAGACGCACCUCUCCGCUGGUUCUUUGGCACGCUGUGUCGCUGUAUCGCUGUCAACGUUCCUCCCGUGUACGUGUAGCGCCGCGGCCGAUGAGGACCUCCUCUGCUUCGUGACCGGGCGACCCCCCGCGCACGUCGCGGAUGCGCUCACGGCGAAGUACGUCCCGGGCAUGAACGUCGGCGACCCGUCGUGCUGCGCGCCGUGCGAAGCGCUCGAGAUCGCGCUGCGAUGGACGAACGCCUCGGUGGCGUCCGUUUGGCGCGUGUUCGACGACCGACGCUCGGAGAAGAACCCGUCCGCGCCGCGAAUGCUCGACGCGUUCGACGAGGGAGACCUCGAGCGGUCGUCCAUCUGCUCGAUGCUCGCGCGGUACCCGGCGUGCGUCGCGAGGGCGACCGCGUUCCUCGGCGUCCUCGGGUGCGCGCCGGGCGCGGUCGCGUACGCACCUGACCUCACUCCGGAACUCCGCGAGAGACUCCCGACGUCUGUCAACGCCACGGCGAACGAGGACGCGAUUACGAUCACGCGGCGGGUGCGGAUGUGCGAGAAGGACGCGAAGGACGUCUUCGACGCGUGCGCGGACGUGAAAGUGUUGUCGAUCACCACCGUGGGCGCGUGGUUCGGAAGCGACCCGAACGACGGCGGCGCGAGGUACACGACGCCGCAGCUGGGCGACGUCCGGCCGGUGAUCAGACCGGAGACCCCGGAGGAGCCGUGCUACAGCGUCCCCGCCGAUAACGGGAAGGACGUCUACGAUCCGGACUCGAGUUGGAUGCAAACGGGGACUUGGUGUUGCGACGACUUCCCGAGGGUUGAGCGGUGCGAGGGCGAGAUCGACUGGGACGAAUACCCGAGGACCGUGGAGAACACCUACGCCGCGAGCUUGAGAGAGCGGGGGACGUGCCCGCCGAAGAGCGACGCGUGA